AUGGCGGUCUAUCAACGAAGCUCUCAAGAAAACGCAAUCAGGAACAUCAACAUUUUCAAUUGCCAUAUUGGAACCUUGGUAAAUGGAGAUGGAAACACUGUGAAUACAUGCUCAUGCCGUCGGCGACUUGACUAUCCUAAGCAACGCACAUAUUCUACGUCAGGAAGAACAGCGACCCCAGGAAUAACAAACCACAACGGCGAAUGGAGGGGAACAAAGAGGAAGCAAACCAAAAUUAGAUUCCCACAACGCAAACAUCGAGCCGAUCCAAAAUUUUCUUUUAAAAGUACUUCAAGCGACAGCGAAGAUACUUUUUAUGGACCGGAAAUUUUCCCAACUGUUUCGGGGGAAUGCGAUCGCGGAUUUGAAAUCUUGAUGAAGAAAUUCCAUUCUGUUUUGAACAAUCUGCAUCCUCUACGAGACAGUGGAAAUUUCAAAGACUUUAAUAGCCUCGCAGAUCGCUUCCUUUUAGCUAGCAAAGGCGAUGACGCCUUUGAAAUCUUAAUCCUCAUUGAAAAAAGCGUCGUCGUCAGUUAUCAGAACAACUUGGAGAAGGCAGAAAUGAUGGUCCAAGAAGCUUUGGACACCCUCUCGAAAUCGAAAGUGAAAGAGAAGAUGUUCUACUUCCUGGUAUCUAUGGCAAAUCUACACCUCGCCGGCUUUUACCGACGACAGAACAAGCACGGAUCUGCACACUCCCAAAUUACAAUUGCCAAUCAGAAUUCGCAAAGUGUAAAUUCGCGCUUCUUAACAGCCCUGAUAUUUUAUGAAAAGGCUAGUAAUUUGACCAAGUACAUUUCUUCUGUUUCACUUAAUCGGUCUUCACGCAGAAAGCUAGUUGAACAGUCGAAGGACCAAAUGAAGCAGUGCAUAACCCUCUGCACUGAACUCGAUGGUGGCAACAUUUACAUUAAAAAACACCACUUUGGGUUACUUAAACUAGCUCUGCUAGACCUGAAUUGCCGCACAAGAGCAGCCCGGAAACAACGGACCAGUAUUAACAGCAUCGCAAAUGCGAAGACCAGCCUUCAAAAAGUUCAAGAUUAUCAGAAUGAAAUGAGCGAGGGACAAAAGAUACAGUUCUUUGUGGCCAAGUCAGACCUGAAUUACAGGCUUGGAGAUCUGCGGGCAGCACAAAGGGAUGCAAGCCAAGCAUUGUCCCUUGCUGAAACCCAUGGAUUUAGUUUAGAAAUCACCGCCAUUAAGGAAAGACAAGAAGAUAUGGACAAACAAAUGACAUCGGAGGAAACUAUGGAUUUUGUACCAUCCCAUGAAAACGCCCGCCAUGAUACAUUGUCAUCCGCUACUUUGUCAUCUCAAAGGAACUCUUCUUGCUCCUCGGGAUGUGAGAUGGAGUAGAUGCAAGAUGCAUGUACAGGUUUAUGUGAUGCUUCUCUAGUGUAAAGUGCAUGCCACUUGACUAUGAAAUGUCCAAGAGCCUGGCAAGUGAGCUGCUGGGGUAUGUAAGACAAAAUUUGCCCUCUGUUAUAUACAUUCUCUCAUUACAUUUAAUUUCAUGGGGAAAUUUUCAGUUCAGUUUACCUGCAGUUAUGAAGGCAAAAUCUGCAGAGUUUUGUUCUACUAGCCAUGCUAGAGUGUUACAAGUCACUGUGUUCUUUGACAAAUUGGGCCAGCCAGGUGAUGAAAAUAGAGUUGAGGUGAGAUCUUUGAGAAGUUUCUUUAACCUGACUACUGAGAUUUUCAGGCUAAUACUGCGUUCUGAGAAACACUGGGCCAGCAUGGUAAUGAAAAUAGUGCUAAGACGAGAUCUUUGAAUCUGAUCUUGGUCUUGUUGACCAUACAGUUACAAGAACCUCUCCCAAAAUGUUAGAAUUACAGCCCUUUUUUAGUUUCUAUUCACCUCUAUCGAAAUAGCAUAGUACAGAAAUCUGCAAUAAGAAUCUACCCAUAUGAAGCAUUAAUAAUAUAAACCACAAAGAAUUUGUAAAUAGUGACUGAAACUGAAAUGGCUGUAGUGAGGAUUAGUCAGUUCAGAAGCAAAUCAUUUAAAAUCUUGCAAAGAAAGUUAAAACAUUUUUUUGCCUCCAAGGUAAACCUCUGACAAUCUUAAGUUCUUAGGUUUAAGUUGACCAGGUCCCCAUGCUGUGUUCUUAUGAAGUUACACAGUCAUUAGGCUCAAGUGUUUUACUCCAGUAAGAAGUAUACAUUUUAUAAUGACUUUAAACCCUUUUGUUCCCAUGAGUGACAAAGACAUAAGUUCUCCUUACAGUAUCAAUACAAAAAACUUGUAAAUACAUUUUGCACUAAUUGUGACAUUGACUAAGUAAGGUGGGCAUCGUAGCACUUUCUGUAAUCCUACAUUGCACACAGAGUGAAGAAAAGCCCAAAAUUUGGGAGAAAAUGUCGCUUGUUGUCAAUCUUACACAAGGGAUCCACUGUAAGCUAAGCUGUAGUGGUCUCCACGCCUCAUAAUUUAUUUCACAUACAUAAGUAUUGUAUUCUAGUCCGGCGAAGCUAAAUAAAUAAAUACUUAAAACAGACAUCGUCACGUGUACAUACAGGUUUAUAAGCCGAGUAGAAGUUUGGAAAUUUAGAACUAUCGAUGACAUCGCCAUCCUGAUUUGAUAAUUGAGUGAAUACACAGAAAGUUGAUGGCAUUUGCAUGUUUGUAGCUUACUGUUGAAUGUAUGUUCAGCUUAUAAUGCAAUACUUGUUUCUUUUCAACUUGGAGAAGGCUUUUUUUUCAUUUCCACUCAUCAGUUUUGUCUCUCCUUUUCUUGCAAAUGGUCUCAAUUACAUCAAUACCUUGGUAAAGCAUACCUUAACAGUCUCAUGGUUGUUAACCCCUUAACUCCCAAGAUCUGAUAGUUAAUUCUCCCCUCUAGCUGCUACACAUUUCCUUGUAGAUAAGUCACGAGAAUUUUGUGUUAGAUCAAGACUACUAACUUCUACCUAAAAAGUUUGAGUGUUCUUAUUACAUGGUUGCUGGAUAAUGUGUGGAUGUUAUGGAGAGAAGUGAAGUGUUAAUCACUUAUGGGAGUUAAGGGGUAAACAGCUUGAGGUAUCAUAUUGUGAUAGUCAAAGUCUGCAUAAAAGCAUUGAAACUGCAUAUCAUAUCACUACAGACAUCAAAAUGUUAGCUUUUAACAGUAAUCUUCGUCAAUAUUCAGUUCCCACAUUAAAUUAAAGCAAACUGUAUCGUUAUUAAUUAAGUGUUGUGUCACAUCUGAACUUUCAUGCAAGUGCUAGCAAAUUUUUGGAAGCGAUAAAAGAAGUAGAAUCAAUUUUGUAAUAAUGAAUAUAAAUAAAUGUACUUAAACAUAUUUGUUUCGAAAUAUUUUUUUUUCUGUGACGGUUCGCAAGAUGCGAACAAGAACCAUCUUGAAUUGAUCUCACUAAGUUAUUAUUAUCCUGGUUCUUAAAGAUUCAUGAGUAGUAAUUAUAAAUCAGAGCCAGUAUGCACAAUUACUUGCGAGUAGUUCAUUUUUGAUCCAUUAAAAGCAACUCUCUAUACUCCUCUCGGGGCAAUUGACAAAUAAUGAAAUCCUACAGGACAUAUACAACGUAGCUCGAAAAUAUUGCCAAAACAUACCGCCAAAAUCUUCGAAUAAUUUAGUUCCGAUUUUUACCUUUGUUUACUGCAGGCGCAACAGUUCCACCGAGCCAAUCAAAAUCCGUUAAUCCAGUGACAUCAUAUCCUGUGAUGUUUGACGAAAAUAAUAAUGGCGGUCUAUCAACGAAGCUCUCAAGAAAACGCAAUCUGUAACAUCAACAUUUCCAAUUGCCAUAUUGAAACCUUGGUUAUUGGAGAUGGAAACACUAUGUAUACAAGCUCAUGCCGUCGGCGAAUGGUAAACCACGACGGUGAAUGGACGGGAACAAAGAGGAAGCAAACCAAAAUUAGAUUCCCACAACGCAAACACCGUGCCAAUCCAAAAUUUUCCUUUAGAACUAUUUCAAGCGACAGCGAAGAAGAUACUUGUUAUGGAACAGAAAUUCUCCGAACUGUUUCAGAGGAAAGCGAUCGCGGAUUUGAAAUCUCGAUGAAGAAAUUCCAUUCUGUUUUGAACAAUCUGCAUCGUUUACGAGACAGUGGAAAUUUCAGGGAGUUUAAUAGCCUCGCAGAUCGCGUCCUUUUGGCUAGCAAAGGCGAUUUCGAACUUGAAAUAUUAAUCCUCAUUGAAAAAAGUGUCGUCGUCAGUUAUAUAGCAACAAUCUGAUCUCCUUAAAUCAAUGGGGCUUCAGAAAAGGAAGCUCACCCGAGCUGCUCUUACUUUCCGUUACAGAACGAUGGCGUUUAGCCUUGGAUGAAAGCAAUAUUAUUGGCGUAGUCUUUAUUGAUUUUCGGAAAGCGUUUGAUUGCGUCAACCACACAGUUCUUAUGGAUAAAUUACACUCUAUAGGUAUUAGUGGCUCUUUUUACGAUUGGCUCUUAAAUUAUCUUGAUAAUCGUAAACAAUUUGUCACCGUAAAUGGUUCAAACUCAGAAUUGUUGGAAAUAGAUACGGGUGUACCCCAAGGGUCUUUACUUGGUCCUAGACUUUACAGCAUUUACUCAAAUGAUCUGCCCGGAGCCACAACGAACGCUUCCGUUGAAAUGUUUGCAGAUGAUACUACUGUUUUUUGCAUUGGAAAUACUGUUGAUGAAGUUUUAUUUAAGAUACAGAAAGCGAUCGUUGACUUAAACAAAUGGGCUAAGGAUAACUUCAUGACUAUUCAUCCCGCAAAAGUGAACUAAUGUUGUUAUCAAAAUCAAGAUUCAUCGGACCCCUACAGAAAAUUUGUUUAGGGCAAAAUGAGUUGUCAUUUGUUUCCAAAGCUACAUGUUUAGGGAUUCUUAUCGAUAAUAAACUCUCUUGGUCGCCACAUAUAAAAUCUUUGAGCAAACGUUUUUCGGCAAGAGUGAAGAAACUCAAACACCUAAAAGGACUCGACAAUCGCCUCUUAGAGUCAAUUUAUUUCAAAGGUAUCAUUCCAAGUAUUGCGUAUUCUAUUGCAUUAUGGGGAUCUUCUAAGUCACUUCAGACACUGGAAGACAUUCACAUUGGAGCCGCGAGAUUUAUUUUUAACCUAAAGGAAUCUACCCCAAUACUGAAGUUCUGGCAGCGACAAAAUGGAAGUCCUUAUCAUAUUUCUAUAAAAAGAGGAUUGCCACUAUAUCCUAUCAGGCAUUUUACAAUAGAGCUCCGGCUGCUAUAAGCUCUUUGUUUACUAAACACUCUCCGUUGAGAAAUCUAAGGGACAAUCUGAAGCUAUUCGUGCAACGCCCUAAAAGUGACUUCCGUCGAUCUUCUUUUUCUCACCAUGCGUCUGUUCUAUGGAACAACUUACCCGUGUACUUGAAGAGCAAACCGAACAUUGUUUCUUUCAAAUCUGCUCUCAAAGCAAAAUCCGACAUUUUAGAUAAAAUAACAUUUAAUGGUUUACAGGGACUAAAUAAAGACGUUGUAAAUUACAUAUAUUAAAGCUAUUUUACUACUUUUAUUUAUUUUAUUACUUUUUAUUACUACUGUAAAUCAACUGUAUAUUAUAUUACUAGGUCUUACAUCCUUUCUUACUUACCAUAAUUUCGCUACUUGUUAUUGUUAUUAUUUAAAUUUUGUAGACACUCUUUAGUUUUGUAGGUCCACAUCAGCUUUUUAGCUGCCAUUUAUCGACCUACGUGACAAAUAAAGUAUGUAUGUAUGUAUGUAUGUAUGUAACAACUUGGAGAAGGCAGAAGUGAUGGUCCAAGAAGCUUUGGACACCCUCUCGAAAUCGAAAGUGAAAGAUGAGAUGUUCUACUUCCUGUUAUCUAUGGCAAAUCUACACCUCGCCAGCUUUUACCGACGACAGAACAAGCACGGAAAUGCUCACUCCAAAAUAACAAUUGCUGAUGAGAACUCGCAAAGAGUAAACUCGCGCUUCUUAACAGCCCUGAUAUUCUAUGAAAAGGCUAGCAGUUUGAUCAAAUACAUUACUUCUGUUUCACUUGAUCGGUCUUUACGCAGAAAGCUAGUUAAACAGUCUAAGGAACAUAUGAGGCUGUGCAUAACAAUCUGCAUUGAACUCGAAAAUGACGGCAUUUACAUUAAAAAACACCUCUCUGGGCUGCUUAAACUAGCUCUGCUGGACCUGAAUUGCCACACAAGAGCAGCCCGGAAAGAACCGACCAGUAGUCAAAGCAUCGCAGAUGCGAAGACCUAUCUUGAAAAAGUUCAAGAGAAUUAUCCGAAUGAAAUUAGCGAGCGACAAAAGAUACAAUUCUUUGUGGCCAAGUCAGACCUGAAUUACAGGCUUGGCGAUCUACAGGCAGCACAAAGGGAUGCCAACCAAGCAUUGUCCCUGGCUGAAACUCAUGGAUCCAGUUUAGAAAUCACCGCCAUUAAGGAAAGACAAGAGGACAUGGACAAACAAAUAACGAUGGAUACCAUUGAUUUUAAGCUAUACCAUGAAAACCUUCGCCAUGAUACAUUGUCAUCCAGUACUGUGUCAUCUUAAAGGAACUCUACUUACUCCUCGGGAUGUGAGAUGGAGUAAAUGCAAGAUACAUGUACAGGUUGAUGUGAUUCUUCUCUAAUGUAAAGUGCAUGACACUUGACUAUGAAAUCUCCAAGGGCCAGCUCACAUGAGCCUGGCAAGUAAGCUGUUGUGGUACGUAAGACAAAAUUUGCCCUCUGUUUUAUAUAUUCUUUCAUUACAUUUAAUUUCUUGGGGAAAUUUUAAGUUCAGUUUACCCGCAGUUAUGAAGGCAAAAUCUGCAAGUCACUGUGUUCUAUGAAAAAUUGGGCUGGCCCAGUGAUGAAAAUAGUGUUGAGGUGAGAUCUUUAAGAAGUUUCCCUGGUCUGGUUUCUUAGAAUUUUAGUCAAAUACUUUGAUCUAAGAAACACUGGGCUAACAUGGUGAUGAAAAUAGAGCUAAGAAGAGAUAUUUAAAUCUGAUGUCAGUCCUGUUAACCAUAGGGUAAGAAGAACCCCUCCCAAAAAUUAGAAUUACAGUUCCUUUUUAGUUUUUAUUCACCUCUAUCAAAAUAGCAUAAUUCAGAAAUCUGCCAUAAGAAUCUACCUAUAUGAAGCAUUUUUAAUAAUAUGUACCACAAAUCGUUUGUUAAUAUUGGCUGAAACUGAAAUGGCUGUAGUGAGGAUUAGAUGGUGAGGAUUGGUUGGUUCAGAAGCAGAUCAUUUAAAAUAUUGCGAAGAUUUUAAAGUUAAAAGAAUUAAUAUAUUGCCUUCAAGGUAUACCUCUGACAGGUCUUAGGUUUAAGUUGACCAUGUCCCCAUGCUGCGCUCUUAUGAAGUUAGACAUUAGGGUUAGGUUUUUCAAUCCUCUUGAAAGUAUAAAAUUUCCAGUAAGUUUAAACCCAUUUACUCACUCUGUCACUCAUGAGUGACAACGACAUAAUUUCUCCUUACAGUAUCAAUACAAUAGUAAACAGCAAACAGAUGAGAAAAGCAAAAACUAUUACAUGAAGAUAAUCACUUUCAUUGCACAUCAAAUUUUCAAAACAAACUUUGUUGGAAAUGUAUGCCAAACAAUGGGGAUAAUUUUCACUGAGAUUUGGAUGUGAAAGUUUAACAAACUUUCAAGAAAACCCUACAAACGUUUGGAGCUUAGUAUUGUAAUGGUUUAGCAUGCAAUUCAGGGAGAAGUAGCAGUUUUUCCCUGUAAUAAUACCAUAAUCAGUACAAUUUCCUCAGCUGUGAUUAGUAUAUUAGCUGCUGUAGUUUCACUAAUUAUUUCAUAGAUUUGUAAUUGGACAGUGUAAUCCAACAGUUGGCUGGUAUUGGACAGGUUAAGCAGCCAAUGAUGCUAUACCCACUCAGCUAAAUCCACCAAUCACAGAAUUGAUUACAACCAUAGCAGCAACCAUUUACCCAACCAAAGUGGGGCACUUCCAAAAUUGAGGAUUUUUUAGUUUAGACAAUGUCCCUACUGGAAAUACUUUCUUGGAAAUUAAACAUGGUUAUGAUUAAUUGGUAACAAGACUCUGUGUUAUCCAGUUUGGUCUGUAAUCAUACAUGAAGUACAUUCACCUGACUCCUGGUUUGUGAUCAUCCAAAUUUGUUAAUCACUUGUCCUAUUACCAUUAUAAAUCCUAAGGGAUAAGCACCAGCAGCAAGGUCCAUACUUCUGCAGUGAAGGCAGCUUGCAGUGCUUGGUUAAUGUUUCCUUUGGGUUCCAAGCUUUCUACAGAAAUCUAUUGAUCAAUUUUUCUUUGGAAUUUGCCUUGAAAAGUAGCCACUUAUGUUUCCAAAUAUUCAUGUACCUCUGCAGCUUUAAUUCUCAUUUGCCAUUGCAAAUAAAAUUUUAUGAAUGAAAAAAAGAAUGACUCGUAAAGAAAGGGAUAACUUUCACAACACAAAAUAUAUUUUGUUCCCCCUGUGCAAUGUCAACACAUUAAGUUUUAUUAGCAUUCAUAUCAGCUUAAUUAAGCAAUUGGUAUUAUUGUCUCAUAAAAGGGAAUGUGUGUCAAUUUGUGUAUAAGCAAAUACUCUCGCUAUUAACAAAAUGAAAAGAAAAAUUAUUUGUUCUUAUCAAGUCAGACAUGCCAUUUAGUACCAGUAACCAGCUGACCAGUAUGUAAGAGUUGGCUCUCAAGAAUUGAGAAUGUGCAUCUUUGAUAAAAAAAGAGUUCCUGGCUGUUUGCUCGCCAUGACAAUGAAUCACCUCUAAAUACUAAGUGAAAUAAGAUAUAUUUGAACACUUUUGGUGACAUAAGAUCAAUCCUUGACCAUGUGCCUUUACAAACAAUUUAAAACUUCUUGUUUGCUUUUAUCUAUUUUCUUUUUUUACUCUGAUUAUCAGGAGUGGUCUAAAUAGGCUACAGAAAUGAUAGAAAACCCAUCAACAUGUACAUCUAAUUUAUCACUCAUUCUAGCACAGUUGCCUAACAUGAGUUUGAAGCCUAAGAUUAAAGAUUAAAAAAUGUUUGAAACACCAAGAGUGCUGAGUUAUGUUUAACACUCUUCAGAAGUCAGUUUUGGCUUUGAUAGGACCUUGACAGGAAAGUCACUGUUUUUCAUUUUCAUCAGGGGUUGAUGGGGGGUUUCACUGUUUCCUCUCCCCCAGCCUCUCCCCUACAUUCCCCUUUGGGGUGGGUGUCUUUUUGCCCUGAUGUAACUCAAGCAAAUCCCUCUUAGCUUGAAAUGAAAUUAAAACAAAAACAAAACAAAAAAGACUGGUCAAUUAGCUGAGGCUAUUUAUUUCCAUAAGAUACCAUUCACUGCCAAAAGAAAGGGUAAUUUUGAAAGCAAGUGCACUCUGUAACUGACACCUACUGGGUUUCAAAGAACUUUACCUAGUAAAUGUCCUAUUUGAGGUGACAUUAUCCCUGUCAUUGUUAAUUACCUUUUUUGAAAAUACUUGUUUCCAUGAGAAGUGUAAGAAGCAGGUAUCCCUGAGGUGCUCCUAUGAACAAACAAUUAAGAAAAAUAAUUGAACUAAAGUGUUAACAAUCUUUCACGGGGCAUUCGUAAGACAUGUGUUUUUCACUUGCCUGUGUAUUUUAUACUUGGGGUGAAUUUUACAUGCCCUUGUUUCUUUGAUUUGAAAAUUCUAAGCUUUUUCUCUUCCCCUGAGGUGUCAUUUUAUUUGAAAUCAAAACUUUUAUACGUAAGUGAGUUAUCUACAUGCAGGUAUCUCUCAUUUAUUCCUCUCUGUGUACAUUUGUCUCUACAUUCAGAAUUACAAACAAAUAAAGACGAAUCGUGAUAAAAGUUUAUCAAUCUUCUCCACGUUGUCCACAGAAAUUUCACUAAAAACCACACACAUACAUCAACUUUGAUCAAGCCUCCUGGUCCCCGUCCAUCUUCCCUCUGUCCGCAUAGGCACGUCUGGGGAAAUUAGGAAAAAAACUUAUUUUUUUCGAGCCAUUCGCCCUCGAGGGUAGCAAAAUAAAGGUAGAAUAUACUAGACCCGUGAAAACUCACAACUCUUCUAGGCAAUCGAAAAGUUCCUUCUCUGCCAGUUAUUGGAGAUCCAUAGUGGUUCACUGGACCUUCACUACCAAAACCAUGCUGAAUUUUGUUGGUAAAAUUGAUAGAAUCACGGCUGCUUUCACUUCUUCUUCGUCUAUCUUUGCUCAUAAGGUUUCGCACCUGUGCUGUGUGAAGUAAUUACAAGCUCCCGCACGAUAACAACAACAACGGUGCGCAAAGCACACUGGUUGAACGUGAUCCUUUUCAGUACAUUCUUCACGCCACCUGAAUCAUCAAGUUUUUACAUUAUUAAAAACAAACAAACAAACAAACAAAUAAACAAGGGAAACAGAAAAAGAUAAUCAUCAUCUCCUAGUAGUAAGAGGGGCAGGGUGGGGUGGGAAGGGGGAUGAGGUCCUGAAAAGUGCAAGAACCGAAACAUAUUGUUGAUUGAGGUUUAUUUGGGAUCCGGUUUGAGCUUAGGCGUCGGUUUUGCUUUCCUUGGUAAAAUUAUGCAAUAUGAUGCUAAACAAAGGCUUCGAAACUUUGUCUAUCCUGUUAUUGUUCUACCCUGUCCUCAAAUUGACAGUUCUUUUUAUUUGUUAAACAUGUCAAGUUUUGAGCUCGGUAAAGAAAUAAAGGAAGAGAAAUAAUUUUUUUCGUCUUGUCACGAGCGUGGGACAAAGAGAAAAUGUUUUGUAAUUUUUCAUUUGUCUGGUAAUUUGUCUUAUGCCUUGUAAUUUGUUUCGAAUUAUUUCGCUGGUUUUGCCGCGUAAUUUUAAUGAUAUCUUCUACGGUGGCCCACAGAGGACAUGCCACAUUUUUUUUAUCGCGCGAUAAAAUCAAAAUAUCGCGCGAUAAAUGAAAAAUUAUCGCGCGAUAAAUGGGAAACAUUAUAGGUCACGUAAUCGGCUGUCACGCACGUUGUUUCCGUGGACGAUAUUUUGAUUUUAUCGCGCGAUAAAAAAAAGUGUGGCAUGUCCUCUAUGGGCCACCGUAAUAUUCCCUUUUCCCUCACUUAAUUAAAAUGUGGGAAAGUACCGGAAAUGCCGGUGCAUGUUGGAUCUGAGAAACAUUUCGCAAGUGGUAGAGAGGGGUAGGGAGGUGUAUGACUGUCCAGCCCCGUCCCAGUAGCUAAGUUAUCACUGUAUCAAAAUAGUAAUUACUUCAUACGUUGUUAUGGCAGUCAGUCUACCAAGCGCACAUGGAGACGAAAAAUACACCAUCAAUAUUAUCAAUUCCAAGAUUGAAACCCUUGUGAUUGGUGAUGGAAACGUUGUGAAUAACUUCUGCCGAUGUCUUCAGUAUCCUGAGCACUCAACAGUUUCUCGAUCGGGUAGAACCGCGACUCGAAGGUCAGCUAUUUGUCACGAUGGGGGAGAAAUUAGGCGUCGAACGAAAAGGAGACAAACAAAGCUAGGGUUCCCUCAGCGCAAACACAGAGGAGAUUUAAAGUUUUCCUCGAAAAAUGUUUCAGACGAAAGCGAUGAAGAUUCCUAUUACGGUCAUUGCGGACCACAAAUUUUCCCUUCCGCUUCAGGGGAACUAGACUUGGCAUUUGAAAAAUCGAUGAAGCGAUUUCACAUCAUCUUGAACAGACUUCAUCCUUUACGAGACAGUGGCAAUUUUAUGGACUUUACCAGCGUCGCAGAUAGUAUCCUGAUGAACAGCAAAGGUGAUUUAGAAUUAGAACUCUUAAUCCUUCUCGAGAAGAGCGUAGUUGUCAGUUAUCAAAAUGACUUGGAGAACUCGGAAGCGAUGGUUCGGGAGGUGUUGAGUAAGUUGAAAAAUUCUGAGGCUAGAGUUGAAAUGAAAGACUAUCUUGUGACUAUGGCCCAUAUUUACCUGACUGGAACUUAUCGACGGCAGUAUAAGCACGGGAAAGCAGAUUCCACCAUUGCUGUCGCCGAACAGGUAUCACCGAAAUCACAAAAUGAAACCUCUCGUUUCGUAAAGGCAUUGAUACUCUAUGAAAUGGCGAGCAAUUUGACCAUCUAUAUUAACUCUGUUCCACUUCAUCUUUCUGCACGCAAAAAGCUCGUGGAACAAUCGAAGCACUACAUGAAGCAAUGCAUAGACCUGAGCAUAGAACUUGACGGAAACAGCCUAUACAUUAAAAAGCAUCACUUUGGUCUACUCAAACUCGCCGCACUGGACCUAAAUUGUGGAACAAGGGCAGCUCGGGAACAAGUUACAAGCGAUAAAUGUAUUGCAGAUGCUCAAACCUGCCUCCGAGCAGUACAAGAAAAAUAUGAGAAUGAGAUGAGCGAAGGACAGAAAAUACAGUUCUUAGGGGCGAAGUCAGACCUAAAUUAUAGGCUAGGUGAUCUGGAGGCAGCGCAGAGUGAGGCCACUCAAGCACUGCAGUUGGCUGAAACACUUGGAUUCAACCUAGAAAUCGUUCCCUUUCGGGAGAGGUUAGAGGAUAUCUCCAAAUUAAUAACAUCAACAGAAAUGAUGUUUAUGGAACCAUCCCAUGAAGAAGUAUGUGUGAAUUCUCUGUCAUCCAGCUCUGUGCCACUCAAUAGGAAUUCUUCUUGCUCCUCAGGAUGUGAGAUGGAAUGA